AUGCUAGGAGCAAUAGUCAGUGGACACAUAGCUGAUACCAUUGGACGAAAAGGGGCAUUAGUGGUGGCUGCAGUACCCAAUAUUAUUGGAUGGAUUGUCAUCACCUUGGCACAGUCAAGAAAUGCUUCAUUACUCUAUUUGGGAAGAUUGUUGACAGAAUUUGGGGUGGGAGUUAUCUCAUUCACAGUACCAAUAUAUAUUGCUGAAAUAGCUCCCAAACACUUGCGGGGAAGUCUUGGCACAGUAACACAGCUUUCUGUUUCAAUUGGCAUACUGCUAGCGUAUCUUUUUGGACUUUUCCUUCACUGGAGGUCUUUAGCAAUUGCAGGCUUAGUGCCCUGUGCCCUAUUGAUCAUUGGGCUCUUUUUUAUCCCAGAAUCUCCUAGAUGGCUGGCAAAGAAAAAAAGUCCACUAUAUGAAGAUUCAUUGCAAUCCCUUCGUGGUUCUGAUGCUGAUAUAUGUUUUGAAGCAGUUGAAAUUAAGAGUGUUGUAGAGACUAACAAUCAACAAACCAGUGUCAAAUUGUCUGAACUACGUGAACGAAGAUAUGCACUCCCUCUGACUAUUGGCAUUGGGCUGCUUUUAUUACAGCAAUUGGGAGGAGUCAAUGGCAUUAUGUUUUACAGCAGCUCUAUUUUCAAGUCUGCUGGAAUUUCAUCGGCCAAUGCUGCAUCUGUUGGGCUUGCAUGUAUUCAGGUCAUCAUGACUGCAAUUACUGCAUGGUUAAUGGACAAAACUGGAAGACGGAUACUCCUAAUUAUCUCCUCUGGAGGAAUGACUAUAUGCCUUCUCCUUGUUGGUCUUGCCUUUUAUUUGAAGAACCAACUCUCUGGAGACUCAGCUAUGCAAACAUUCUUCAGUGCUUUGGCAUUAACUAGCCUCCUAGUCUACAUUAUCUCAUUUUCCAUUGGUAUUGGACCCAUUCCAUGGAUUAUUAUAUCUGAGAUUCUCCCUGUGAAUGUCAAGGGUCUUGGUGGCAGUGUAGCAAAUUUGACAAAUUGGUUGUCAUCUUGGAUUGUGACCAUGACAAUCAAUAUGCUUUUAGAGUGGAGCUCUGCAGGAACAUUUCUACUUUAUGCUUUUAUUAGUGCUUUGACACUAGCCUUUGUUGCAUUGCGUGUACCUGAGAGCAAGGGUAGAACAUUGGAGGAAAUUGAAGCUUCAUUCAGAUAAGGUCAAGAUAGUAUUAUAUACCUCUUCAUUCACGAUCAUUUGCAACCCUUGGAGUUACUUAUGAUGACAAGAUCUCUUGAAUGUAGAAGAUAAAGUUUUAAUUCAGAAGUUAAUGUUUACUACCAGUACCACCUAUGGAUUGCCGUUGUAUAAUUAAGAUUGUCUAUUACAGAAGUAGAGAAAUCUGGCAUGCACUACUUCUCAAUCAUUUUGAGAUAUGAUAAUAUUUUCGUUCUCGAGUCAUUUGUAAUAUAAGAAAUUCCCUAAUUUCAGUGGAGGAUAUAAGACAAGUUUUAUAUCUUCAUUGUAUCAUGCCAUCUUGCCA